AUGUCUCUUGCCAAGAACAUGCUUGCUGGCGUUGCUGCUGGCGAGAGGAGAUGGCUGACUGGGCGUGGCGGGGGAGCUGUCAAUGACGGGGGUGACGCAGCUGGCGCUACGACGGGACGCGCGGAGCGGGGGGAAGCGUUGGCGAGGAGGAGCGUUGGCGAGGACGAGCGUUGGCGAGGACGAGCGUUGGCGAGGAGGAGCGCUGGCGAGGAGAGGAGCGCUGGCGAGGAGGAGCGUUGGCGAGGACGAGUUGGCGAGGACGAGCGCUGGCGAGGAGAGGAGCGCUGGCGAGGAGAGGAGCGUUGGCGAGGAGAGGAGCGCUGGCGAGGAGAGGAGCGCUGGCGAGGAGAAGCGUUGGCGAGGACGAGCGUUGGCGAGGACGAGCGUUGGCGAGGACGAGCGCUGACGAGGACGAGCGUUGGCGAGGAGAGGAGCGCUGGCGAGGAGAGGAGCGCUGGCGAGGAGAGGAGCGUUGGCGAGGAGAGGAGCGUUGGCGAGGAGGAGCGUUGGCGAGGACGAGCGUUGGCGAGGACGAGCGUUGGCGAGGACGAGCGUUGGCGAGGACGAGCGCUGGCGAGGACGAGCGUUGGCGAGGAGAGGAGCGCUGGCGAGGAGAGGACGAGUGCUGGCGAGGAGAGGACGAGUGCUGGCGAGGAGAGGACGAGUGCUGGCGAGGAGAGGACGAGUGCUGGCGAGGAGAGGACGAGUGCUGGCGAGGAGAGGACGAGUGCUGGCGAGGAGAGGACGAGUGCUGGCGAGGAGAGGACGAGUGCUGGCGAGGAGAGGACGAGUGCUGGCGAGGAGAGGACGAGUGCUGGCGAGGAGAGGACGAGUGCUGGCGAGGAGAGGACGAGUGCUGGCGAGGAGAGGACGAGUGCUGGCGAGGAGAGGACGAGUGCUGGCGAGGAGAGGACGAGUGCUGGCGAGGAGAGGACGAGUGCUGGCGAGGAGAGGACGAGUGCUGGCGAGGAGAGGACGAGUGCUGGCGUGGAGAGGACGAGUGCUGGCGAGGAGAGGACGAGUGCUGGCGAGGAGAGGACGAGUGCUGGCGAGGAGAGGACGAGUGCUGGCGAGGAGAGGACGAGUGCUGGCGAGGAGAGGACGAGUGCUGGCGAGGAGAGGACGAGUGCUGGCGAGGAGAGGACGAGUGCUGGCGAGGAGAGGACGAGUGCUGGCGAGGAGAGGACGAGCGCUGGCGAGGAGAGGACGAGCGCUGGCGAGGAGAGGACGAGCGCUGGCGAGGAGAGGACGAGUGCUGGCGAGGAGAGGACGAGUGCUGGCGAGGAGAGGACGAGCGCUGGCGAGGAGAGGACGAGCGCCUCCCGCGUGGACGAGCGCCUCCCGCGUGAACAGAAGGAGGAGCAGCACCUUCUAGUGAGGCGCUUUGACCCCCUGGGGGGCAAAGGAUCAACACUAGAGGAGCAGCAAGAGGAGGAGCAGCACCUUCCAGUGAGGCGCUUUGACCCCCUGGGGGGCAAAGGAUCAACACACGAGGAGCAGCAAGAGGAGAAGCAGCACCUUCCAGUGAGGCGCUUUGACCCCCUGGGGGGCAAAGGAUCAACACACGAGGAGCAGCGGGAGGUGGAGCGGCGCCUUCAAACAGCCGCGAGACUUCACGACGCCUCCAGCUCCAAGGGAGAAGUUCCAGCAUUGGAGCACUCGAUCGCGGGUGGAGCAGAGGAGGCGUGGAGGAGAGGAGGCGUGGAGGAGAGGAGGCGUGGAGGAGAGGAGGCGUGGAGGAGAGGAGGCGUGGAGGAGAGGAGGCGCGGAGGAGAGGAGGCGCUAAGGAGAAUUCCCUGCCAUUGA